UUCAACUCAAGUUUCAAUUUUCAAUGAAUUCAAUUCAACUUUGAAGUUUUGAACUUCAAUUCAAAGUUUACCUAAAAAUUUUAUGUGAAAUAAUAAAUAGAAGACCCUAAAAUAUUCGUUGAAUUUUAAAAUACCAAUAUACGAACAAUCAUAAUUCAAAUCUUUGACUAAGAAUGUAGAGCUUGAAACUAUUUCGCCAUAAUUUAUUUAAGUACCUACGUCAUUCCUAUUCAGUCCCAAUGAUUUAACCAUGAAUUUCAAUUUUCACCGCACAAGGCCACUGGAGUUUAGUUUAUCAUACUUGUUGGUGGCGAGCGAACGCUUGUAUACUAAUUAAAUCAAUAUUUAUCUUGUAACUCUUGUAUUAAGAAUUGGCCGAAGACUGCAAUAAAUUAUUCAGAAAGUUCUACAAUCUUUAAACAAUGUUGCGGACUGCAUCGAAAGUCACCAUAAACACAGGAAAUGUGCUAAACCUAAUAGAUAUAAAGAAGAAGGCUGGACAAAAUGUCACAGAAGAGUUAUCGGAGAGCAUCAAGCUAACCCUAACGGAAUACGGCACCCAGAACGGGUUUCCUCUAGCCAACGGCACAGCGCACGCAGAAUCUUCAGGACAUUCCGACUACGUGGUGCUCUCAACGUCAGCGGCGUCUGACGAGGCGGUGGUGAAUAUUACACGACCGCACGAUGAUGUCCAAAACAAAAUGGCGGAAGAGGAACGGAAGAAUCUCAAGAUUGGUGUCAAGAUUUUCAUAAACGAAGACAGCACAACUGCACUGACAGAAUGUUUGGAAAAUGUAUUCACAGCCCUGCGCACAGAGCACAUCGAAAAUGUAAUCCUGUCAUACAACCCGGAUCUACAGCACCGGGACGACGCCAGGAUUGACUCCAGUCCCAAGAAUAAUUUCGCUAAGGCAUCCCCAAUAUCUCUAGGCAGCAAUGUUGCGCGUAUUUCAAGUACAGAAGUCGAAGCGGACAACGAAGCCGACGCGAGGAAGUGUGAAGCUAUACUGCCUGGUAUUAAAAUACUGUGGGCGGUACUUGAAGGCUAUGUCAAAGACGGACGCGUGCAACAACUAGGCGUGGCGGACGUGGGCGGCGGUUGCCUCAGGAAGCUCCACGCGUGGGCGCUGGUGAAGCCCACCAUAGCGCAAAUCAACCUCGCCUCGUGUUGCGUGGUGCCGCCUUCACUGCACGCCUUCUGCAGAUCCAAUGACGUGCAGUUACUUACACAUGCUGAUCCCCCGGAUCUCCUGUCAAUAGCAGCAGCCAAAACACUGUUAGAUGCGGGCAUCGGUUGUAACAACUUGGAUUGGUGCGCAAGGUACCAGGUUCACAUAAAGUGUAGAGGUGUGCUAGCACUCAAAGGAUACGUGUGUAAAGCCACGCUGAGGCACAAGGGGGAUUGACAUAUGCUUACUUAAAAAAAAAUGGCUAGCUAUAUUUAUAAAAUAUCUGUUCUAAAUUUACAUUUGAUUAUAUGCGGAACUCCAAUGUCAGGAAAAAAGCGAAAUAUUACCUAUCAAAUAUCAAAAUGGCAUCCGUUUUAUUUAUUCUCAUUUUUCUUCAAAGUCUUAUUAUGAAUAAAAUUUUUUCAUUGCUUUUAAGUAUAAAGGAUGGCUUCUGGAUUUCAAUAAUAAUAAAAAUAUAAAUGUAUCAAUAAAAUCUCUUAUUGGGCAUUGUAUUAGAUUUCAUAAUUUUAAAACACUUGUUUUUUUUCUAUUUUAUAACUUUAUUUACACUAAAGAGUAAUGAAAACAUUGUUACAUAAUAAGACAAGUAAAAAAAGCUUGUUGUGAGUUAAAAUAUUACAUAUAAAUAAGAGAUAAAUAUAAAUACUUAUUGUAUCGAUAUCGGUAUCAAGUAUUAUACCUGUUAUUUUGGGUAACUUUGAUUUCAUUAUGAAUUUAACAGAACGAAAAAUGGUAUUCUAUUGUUUUUUUUUUUUUCGAGAGUGAAUAAUCCUAGGGAUAUACUCACUUUCAAUUUUAGUCUAAGAAGUCAAAAACUCCUUUUCGGUUUACUGUGGCACCAUUAUUAAUUUGAUCCAAAUUUACGCAUUAACAAAAUAAAUAAAAUAACUUUAUUUGAAAAAAAGUUUAGAACAAUCAAUUGCUAGUGUUCUCUACACCAGGUGGCCCUUAUCCUGAAGACCAACUAUGUCUUCUUACUUUAUUUAACAAAGGAUUUGGAGACUAUUAUAUGACCUUGAUUAUCAGCUAGAUUUUUAGAAUGGCAACACCAGAUUAUGUCUUAUUCAAAUAUAAGCGGUUAAGACAAGGCUAGCAUAAGCUAAACAAAAAGACAGUAAAAUAGGACUACGAUUGAAUGACUAAACAUAUUAAGAUAGAUUAUACAUCAAAGUUAUCCAAUUUGACAAACUUUAAAAGUAUCUUAUUAAAAUAAUUACUGAAGGACAAUAGAAACGCCAAGUUGAAUUUUUGUUUGGUGCUGUUAUUAUUUUAUUUAUUAUUGCUAUAAAUUAUAAUACUUAUAAUGUUCCUAAAAAAAAUGUUUAAUUACAUAAAUCUUUCAAAUAACCGUGCAGUUCUAAAAUGUAUGUUUAGUUUGUAGGUUGCCAGGCAUUGCAAUAUAGAUGAAAAUUCAAAAAAAAUUGUGGUUACCACAAAAUUGUGAUACGUGUGCUUAUCCUAAUUAGAAAAUAGAAUAUAAUUUACAUUUAUUUUUAUUGUAAGAAUAAAAAACCGUAAACGUAUUAAAUUUUACAGGGCAUUUAUUUUUCCACGCAAUUUCUAUUUGCAUUUUUUAUUAAAUAUAUUCCCGACAUUAUAAGAAAUACCUUUUAGAAUAAAAAAAAAACCAAAAUCAUUAAUGAUUAUAAAAAUAUGAAAUAGUACCCUUAUUAAUAAACGUGGCAUAACGUCGGAAUAAUUGUGCAGUGAUUAUCACGCUCUGACAUUUGAAAAUUGCUGUCAGUUGAAGUGUGACAAAACACGGCACUGGUGGUUUGUCACAAUUCAACGCGUCUUACAUCUGGAUAAUCUCAGAUGAAGGAGUUAUAUUCUUCCACACACAUCCACUCGCUCAUUCACACAAGUUGUUAUGGAUAUCGUCACUGAUUGUUCUGUUUAUUAUAAUGAUAAAAGGUUUAAUCGUUGCGCCGAUUGUAAUAGUCGUAUGUACGUAAUCAAACCAAUAUGACCUGUUAUAACUACGAGAAAAGCGUGCCUUCCAUUAUGUACAUAUGAUGGCCACUAAAAUGGCGAUUGACGCUAGUGCAUCACGUUUUUGCAAAUUGAUUUUGGUAAAACCAAUUAACAAUUAAAAUUCGGCAGUGAAAUACAAAAUUUUUACAAAAUCCUUGCUGUGCGGUGAUGACACUUUAUGUACUUAGGAAUGUGGAUACAAUAAUAAAUCACAUACAUCAUACACUGA